AUGUACUAUGGUAAGAGUUUGUAUGGAUCUAAAGGGAAUUCGUGUCAGUUUUUCCUAAGUCGACAAGUUGCCGGAUCAACCCCAGGCGGAGCCCGAUUCACGAAAGAGAUAGGGGUCAAGUUUGCAAACCAGACAAUGGACACCACCACAAACUUCAUAUGGAAGAUGUUUGAGGAAAACACUGCUGCAGAGAGAAAGGACCAGCAGAAAGUUCUAAUGACAACUGACGAUCGAGACGCUGAAGCCAUGGGAUAUGGCAACACCAUCAAUGUCAGUGCAAUAUACUUGUUGGGAUACCAGGGAAAUUUGAAGUGGGAGUUCACUUCUUUGAUUUAUCAUGAAAUGACUCACAUUUGGCAGUGGUCUCGGAAUGGCCAGGCUCCCGGUGGACUCAUCGAAAGUAUUGUGGAUUAUACGAUCUUGAAGACCAGCCAAGCCUGGCACGGGUGGGAUCAAGGUUAUGAUUUUACAGUGCGAUUUUUGGAGUACUGUGAUGGACUUAGGCCUGGUUUUGUGGUGGCGCUGAACAAGAAGAUGAGGAAUGCUUUUAGUCUGAAUUACUUUGUUGAGUUGUUUGGAAAACCAGUUGAUCAGUUGUGGAAGGAAUACAAAGCCAAGUGUGCUGGUCAAGGAGUAGUAAGCAAUGGUAGUGAAAAUGAAAAUGUAAGUAGGAUCAGAGAAUAUAAGGAUAGGUACGAGGGCAAAAGACGAAUCAUUGAAUGGGUGCUGGUGUAUAAAGUAAAGGAAAUGUGUGGAUCUAUUGCUGAUAUGUUCCUGUGUGUUACUGAUCUGUUGUGUGUUUUUGGCUACUCUGUUGCUGGUUUUUUGUCUGUUAUGUUGCUGAUGAUUCAACAACAAAAUGGUGCAUAUUUCACCAACUUGAUGAAUGAUGGGACUGAUUACGAAUUUAUGGAUGAACCUCUUGACAAAGGGGAUUAA